AUGCCCAAGCUCGCCCCGUUAUGCAACAUCUGUAGGCAGAUCAACCUCGCUAAUACAAACAACCGUAAACCCAUGGAAUACUCACUUGGGACAUGGCAAGACGUCAAGAAACAAGCAAUGAAGCAUCCGCGAUGCCCGUUUUGCGUAUUAAUCCAAUUCUUCAUUGAUAACUCGCCUGUGGGAUAUUUAUAUGAGACGGGACCCGCAUCCAUUGAAUGGCUGGAUAGAGGAGGAUUCUUUUUCGACACCUAUGGAAGCAAUCUGGUCUUUUUGAACGAGGACACUGCAACGUCCCCCUAUGGAUCUGGACGCCUUGUGAAGGACACUGUCAACCCUGCGCUUGUGAGGAAAUGGAUCAGUUUAUGCGAAGAGCACCAUGGAAAUAAAUGCACACCAAAAAAGGAUGUUAUAAAGACGGUUGAAAAUCCCAGAGGUGUGAAGAUCCUCCGUCUUAUUGAUACCCUGGAUCAGUGCAUCGUUGAAGCAAGGCCCGGAGAUCAGUAUCUAGCGCUUAGCUACGUCUGGGGCCCAGUAAUGCCCCUCAUACGACUUCAACAGGACACGAUAGGUAUGUUGACUCAGAAAGGGGAAUUCAAGGACAAUCGUGACAAGAUCCCUGUAACAAUCCGGGACGCAAUGGAUUUGGUUCAGAUGAUUGGCCAGAGAUACUUGUGGGUUGACAGUCUCUGCCUUAUUCAGGACAACAACGACGAUAUGAUGGAUGGGAUUUCACAUAUGGAUCUAGUAUAUCAAUGCUCUCUGUGUACCAUCAUUGCAGAUUACGGAUCCGAUUCCAACGCAGGACUUCCUGGGAUACAUCCAAAUUCGAGGAAUGUGUAUCAGGAAGUCGUCGAAGUUUUACCUGGAAUACGUAUGACGGUAACUAAUGGAGUAUACAAUGCGAUGACGGGAACGCACUCUGACUGCGCGUGGACUAUGCAGGAGUUCGUACUAUCCCACCGAACGUUGAUUUUUACUGAAGAUAGAGUUUACUUUCUCUGCCAAUCUAACUGCUGGACGGAAGAUACCCUUUACGACUGUUAUCCAGCUGCAAUCAACAAGGUUCUUUCCUCUGGAGGAGAUAUCCAUUUUGCCGAUGACAACGAUAAGCACCCUCUCUCAUCAUACACCUCUCAUCUCUUCCGCAUUUUAUGCUGGGAUAACUUCCCUCACACCAUUAAGCGGCCAGUUCGUCAAGAGAACUUUCCAAGCUGGUCAUGGGCAGGUUUGAAGGGAAUUAAAGAUGGAUAUGCGCGUUCGUCAGGACGCGAUCCCGACUCAACGAAUUCCUGGCUGAAGACGAAAACUUAUAUAGUUUGGUUCAAGCGGUGCCCAAAUUCAGCCAACUUGGAAUUAAUUUGGGAUCUCGCGUCGCAAGAGGCUCAUGGAGUGCCUGGAGAGCACACCAUUGCGUACCGUCCUACCCCCAACGACCCCUACGGUUGUAUUAAACCUUCAUUUCUCGACGGCCUUCAAACACAGCCAACUCUGGAUGAUCCUCGCCGUGAGGAGAUCAUUAAAUCUGAGCUUGACAAACGCAACUAUCACCUCUUGCACUUCUUCGCGUUCACCGUCAUGGUGGAAACUUUAAAAAAGCUUCGCGCAGGCUCUCAGCAGGAAUUGACAAUGGUGUACUCUCUGAAAGGAUACAGAGGCAAGGAAUGUGGCGGGGUCAAACUAGACAACCCGCGAAUGAUGCAAAAGGUGAAGGGGCCACACGAGCUCAUACUCCUUUCAAGCAUGGACAAAUAUGAAGGAUACUUUAACGAUAAGAUCAAGCAUAAGCGGCCGUUCUUUUGGGCUAUGCUGAUUUCUUGGAUUGGAGAUGACAAGGUUGUCGCAGAGAGACGAGGAAUUGGGUUCAUAUAUAAUGAUUGCCUUGACGAUGUCAUUCUUCCUCCUGGGAGGGUGUGGAAAGAGAUUGUUCUAGCUUAA